AUGGCAAAGUUUAUCGGUUGUGGAGUCUCAACACAUAAAGCCUUUUUCUAUGAUCAAUUAUCAAUAUGGCUGGGUGAUGGUUUGCUAUUGAGUAAGGGAAACAAAUGGCAAAAACGUCGUAAGAUUUUUAUACCCACAUUUAAUAUUAAAAUUCUCGAACAAUUUGUGGACAUAUUUGACCAACAGUCACAUGUUAUGGUGGAUAAUCUGCGAGAUAGGGCCAAUGGUGAAACUGUUAUUGAUAUAUUGCCUGUGGCAUGUUCAACGUCUUUGGAUAUUUUACUGGAAACGGCUAUGGGUGUAAAAAUGUCGGCCCAGAGUGCUCAUGGUAUUGCCUAUAUGGAGGCUUUAAAGAGUUUAAGUCAUAUAGCAACAGAACGUUUUUUAAAACCUCUACUGCAUUUCGAUUGCACCUUCAAGCUAAUAUCCUUUAAAAUGUAUCGCACACUUAAAAAAAAUGUUCAAAUGUUACAUGGGUUCACCGAAAAAGUUAUCAAUGAAAGACGAGCCGAAUUGCUGAAAUCAAUUACCGAUGGAUAUUUUAAAAGAAAUGAAAAUGAAUGCGACGAACUGGGCAUCAGGAAACGUAUGACAUUUUUAGACGUUCUCCUGCAAGCGAACAUCGAUGGACAACCGCUAACAAAUGAAGAUAUACGAGAAGAAGUAGAUACCUUUACAUUUGGAGGUCAUGAUACGAUCACUUAUGCCAUAUCAUUCACUUUAUAUCUAAUAUCACGUCAUCCAGAAGUACAACAAAAAGCAUUUGCAGAAGUUUUGAAAAUCAUUGGUCCCGACAAAAGUAAACCAGUGAGUAUGCGGGAACUACAAGAGCUCAAGUAUUUGGAAUGUGUUAUUAAGGAAUCUUUGCGUUUAUAUCCGCCGGCGCCAGUUAUAGGCCGAAAAACAGAGGAAGAUUAUAAAAUAGGUGACCACAUUAUACCCUCCAAUACCAAUGUUAUGUUAUUGAUUUAUGCUGUCUGUCGCGACCCUGACUACUUUUCCAGACCCAAUGAUUUUCUACCCGAACGCUUUGCUUCUGUUAAUGGUGAGAAAAUUAAUCCAUAUACCUUUCUACCUUUUAGUGCUGGUCCACGUAAUUGUUUGGGACAAAAAUUUGCAAUGUUGGAAAUGAAAUCCAUUGUCAGUUGUCUAUUGCGCCAUUAUGAGCUUUUGCCUAUGGGACCUGAUGUCGUCAGAAUAAUAACUCUGGUUAUGAGUUCAGCAACAGGUAUACACAUAGGUUUAAAACUCAGGCAAUAUUAA